UACAACCCUGUAAACCAUGGAGACCAGAGUAGAGGCUCAAGUACCAAGGCUGACUGUCAAACCCUCUGACGACCCCUCCCCGUGGAGGAUAGUAUACCCCGUCACCCCUACUACUCUAUCAGUGAAACACUCCAGCUUGCUGGUGUUGGAGUGUGUGGUGUCGGGCAGUCCGUCGCCCGCUGCCCAGUGGCUGAAGAAUGGGCAGGAGGUGGCACUGCCAGCCGUGCCAGCAGGGAACAGCAGGAGACACAACAACCUGAUCCUCCUGAACCUGAAGAGGAGUGAUGGAGGGAACUACCUGUGUUCUGUUACCACGGAGACAGGGACGAACCUACUCAGCGUCAACUAUACUGUGAAUGUGCUCGAGGAGGCAUCUGUCCUGAGGAAUCUGUCUGACCAGUCUGUCUUUCCUGGAGACGCCGCUCACUUCACCUGCGUUGCCAAGGGAAACCCCACCCCCAAUGUCACCUGGCUCUUCAACUCUGCCCCCAUCGCCCCCUCGCCCCGCCUCCAAAUCACAGCCUCCUCCCUCUGCAUCAAAGGGGUGACAUCACGGGACGUGGGUGUGUACCAGUGCCUGGUGGAUAACGGGAUUGGCUCAGCCCAGUCAGCUGGCAGGCUCACCCUCCAAUCAGGUACAGUGUACUCUCCUAAAGCAGUGGCGUAUCAGGAAGUGAUUGUAUGA